CAGGACAACGUCAGGACUAUAAUUACCACCCUCAGUCAGCGGAGGAGGCUGAGUGAGGGAGAGUGAUGCGUGUCUGGGUGGUGGGAUCAGGCUAGAACCUGGAACUCAGGACUGUGUCCUGAUGAAAAAACAUUUUAAACAUAAUAGAAGUGCUUUUGUUUUCAUCUUGGGUUUAGUUUACACAAAUCUGCUUCACACACACGCAAAUGUAAAACACAAGGUCUUCAAAAGUAAAAAAAAAAUGUUGAAUCAGAUUCCUGGUGUGUAACUCUGUGGGAUUAAAUAAACCAAUAAUGAAUCCAGGUGUAAGGGUAACUUCUGGUCAAUCAAAAUACAGGAUAAAUGAAGACAAUGGUUGUGAUGGAAACAAAAGGUUUAAGGUUAAUAAAUGAAUGCAUGUUUAAAAAAUACAAACCUUUACUUUUGUAUACCAUUAGGUGGCAAAAGUGUUUCACUUCAGUGACAAUAGUGAGCUUUAGGUUGGGAGAAUGUAAGAAUAAACAAAAGAUAAAGUGUGAUACUUACAAUUUUUUUUAUCUAUAUUUCAAAAUAAAGGCUCUGUGUCGUGGAGCUUAGCUCUGUUUAUGAAAGUAAAAUGUUAAAAUGAGACUUUAAACAAAAUCUCUUUAAGAGCUCACCCGACACAUUUACAAUUUGAUCCUGAAUAACGUUUGUGUCCACAGAACUACCCAGUUACUGGAACAAACACAGUUUCAGGAAAUAAAGAGGUGUUUACUUGCUUUGUUUUUCUUUAUUUAACCUUGAAAAAUGAAGGAUGGACUCUGAAAUGAGGAAGUGAACAAAUCAUUAUAAAUGCUCAUAAAUGAAGAAAAAAAAAACACAGAUGGUAUUUUAUUAGAAUAAAAACAAAUGUUCACACUACUUUCAAAUUCAGGAGCUUUACGAUACACUGAAAUAUAUAAAAGCUUUCAAUGAAACAUUUUCACUUGCAGGAAGAUCAUUCAUCUGCUGAUUAAAGAUGAUUUUGAGUCCUUUUGCAGGACGUCGGACCACUGAUAAAUGAUAAAUGACCCGCACUUGUAUAGCGCCUCUCAGAGUAAGGACUCCAAAGCGCUUUUCACUACAGUGUAUCAUUCAUCCAUUCACACACACAUUCACACACUGGUGGUGAUGAGCUACAAUGUAGCCACAGCUGCCAUGGGGUGCACUGACAGAGGCGAGGCUGCCGUGCACAGGCGCCACCGGUCCCUCCGACCACCACCAGCAGGCAAGGUGGGUUAAGUGUUUUGCCCAAGGACACAACAGCAGAGUUCUCUGUUUGGAGCCGGGAUCAAACCUGCAACCUUCCGAUUACUGGACAAUCCGCUCAACCUGUUGAGCUACUGCUGCCCCAGCUACUGAGACGAUGUAGGUUUAGAAAUAGUGAAAAUAUUUUCUUAUUUGAGAGAAGUCUGGUGGCAUUGAAACAAAUCAGGAUUAUUAUUACCAUUAAAAUAAACAUGUUUAAUUUCAAGAUAAAACUGCUUUUAAACAAAGCUGUAGAACAGUUUCAAGUCUUUAUUUAUAUCAGACCCAUGUUCUGUUUAAUGAUAAAAAUUUAGGACAUACUGUAAAUAUUUCUACAUUUUUGUCUUAUCAGUGACAAAACCCUGCGAUGGACUGGCACUCUGUCCAGGGUGUACCCCGCCUGAUUGCCCAUUGACCGCUGGAGAUAGGCACCAGCCCCAUCCCCCCACCCCCCAACCCUACAUGGACAAGCGGGUUCAGACAAUGGAUGGAUGGAUGGAGUGACAAAACGCAGCAGCUGCAAGCUUUAAAUAAAAGUCUGCAGGCCAUGUACCUGAUUGUAAACGGGAUAAAUCUGGUUCUUUGAAUUGAAACACAAACAGCAGAGUACUUCCUGUAAGUACUCAGCUCACCCUGGACAGAAAAGAGCAUGCAACCAGAUGCUGUGCCGGGGAAGGAAGCAGCGCCUCUAAAUCGAGCUUGACAACAAAGCGCAUGUGUCAAUGUCACGCAAUUUAUUCAGAGUAUACAUCUUUGAAAUUUAGAGUAAAUUAGUACAUUUUAUUCCUAAAUAAAUGUCUUGCAUUUAUCAACCGGUUUUUAAAGUAAAAAAAUAUGAUUCAAGGCUCUAAAUAGGAAGUGUUUUAUUUAUUUUCCCUUGUGAGAAGAACAACACAGGACUAAUAGUAACAAAACUAAUUAUAGCAACCAAAUGAAUAACUUUGUUUGUCCAACAUGUGAUUGAUAAACUACAAACAUGUAUCACUGUAAUAUUUUUGAUUAUAAAGAAGGCAGCCUUGCUCUAAAAAUAUUCAGAUUUUCAAAAUAAAAUGAAGUUACUGCAGUCCUGCAUACAACCACUAGAGGGAGGUAGAUUUAACACUGGCAGAAUCUUUUUGGGCAGAAACAGCGCUCUGGUUAAAGUGACGUCAGCUUCCCCUCCUACUAUGUACUGCAAAAGAUCGUCUAUGUUUCUAAAGAUGCUUUCAAAGAUUCGAACGCAACAGUCACCAAACAGAGUGAGUAGCUUGUCUCACCAAAUUGAUGUCAUCAAACCAGACAAGAAGAAGAAGAAAAAUGGCUGCGAGUUUAGCGAGAUUCACAUCCUUCAUCCAGAAGGAAAGAAGGAAUUUUAAUUGUGGAGAAAACCACCAUGAAUCUGACUCCAGGGAGAUUAAGAAUAUGCUGAGGGAGAAUAAUUCACAACCUGACGUCAUAUAUGCGACUUCAGAUUUGAAGUCGCAUUUUUACAACCAAACACAUCUCCAUGACAAACACAGUUGAACCAAAAUUAUUUCUUAUUUCAAUUGAAGUGCAAAACAUGUGAUUCAGGGCGAAAAGAAACAAAACCAGAGUGAGCACUCUUUACUUUUCUACAAUCUUUGAAGUAGUUUACGCGCACCCACCCAAACGGGUCAAGCGCUUGAAUCCAGGCAUCUGAUUGGCUAACGCAUACAUCAGUCAGCUGAUUGUGCGCGUUGGAGUGGUGUGCGACUAGCGGAGCUGUGGAUAAACUAGUUCUUUAAAGCUGCCCAGCCAACGCAGCGGUGUGCGGGGUGAGUUUUUGUCUUCCCGCUCCCUCCACCCUCCCCCAGUCUGGUUGGACUGUCCCGUCAGGAAUGGCUCGUCUGAUAGGAACUGAGCAAGGGGACUCCUUUUGGCGCACCAGGCACUUAACUGCGGCGACCUGUUAUUUUAUUUAAGUAGGUCGUGUCGUGUUGCGAAAACAAGAGAACUACCGUUUGCGUCGGAGACAGAAUAAUGUUGGUGGACAGUUGCCUCAGGAACAUCUCCGCCUUGUUUACGUUUUAUUUGACAUCACAAGUAGACGAAGAAGCAGCCUAGUGAGAUUCUCCCACUACCUCCUCCGCAUCUCUCAUCCCUCCGUUCGCCUUCGCCGGGUUGUCCUGCUCGUUUCGUGGCCGGUGGAGGGGCAGAAGAUGGGACUACCCGCUCUGGAGUUCAGUGACUGCUACCUGGACAGCCCUCUGUUCAGAGAGAGGCUCAAGUCCCACGAGCUGGAGCUGGACAAGACCAACAAGUUCAUCAAGGAGCUGAUUAAAGACGGCAAGGCGCUGAUCCAGGCUUUGAAAAGUCUGUCCUCAGCAAAAAGGAAGUUUGCCGAUUCUCUCAAUGACUUUAAGUUCCAGUGUAUUGGAGACGCUGAGACGGAUGAUGAGAUAUGUAUAGCCAAGUCGCUUCAGGAGUUUGCAACUGUUUUACAAAACCUCGAGGAUGAGAGGACAAGGAUGAUCGAAAACGCCAGUGAUGUAUUGAUUAUGCCCCUGGAGCGGUUUAGGAAAGAGCAAAUCAGCGCAGCCAAGGAAGCCAAGAAAAAGUAUGACAAAGAGACGGAGAAAUAUUGUGCCGUGCUGGAGAAGCACCUCAGCCUCUCGGCGAAAAAGAAAGAGUCCCAUCUGCAUGAGGCGGACAAUCAGGUGGACCACGUGAGGCAGCAUUUCUACGAGGUUUCUCUGGAGUACGUGUUCAAGGUGCAGGAAGUCCAGGAGAGGAAGAUGUUUGACUUUGUGGAGCCACUGUUGGCAUUUCUUCAAGGCCUGUUCACCUACUAUCACCAUGGCUACGAGCUGGCAAAGGACUUUAACCACUUCAAGACUGAUCUAACCAUCAGCAUACAGAAUACGAGGAACCGUUUCGAGAGCACACGGUCUGAAGUGGAGAGUCUGAUGAGGAAGAUGAAGGAGAAUCCACAUGAGCACAAGAGUGUGAGCCAGCACACCAUGGAGGGCUACCUGUUUGUUCUGGAGAAACGCUCAUUUGUAUCUACCUGGGUCAAGUACUACUGCACUUAUCAUCGUGAGCCCAAGAAGUUCACCAUGGUCCUGUUUGACCCCAAAUCUGGAGGCAAAACGGGAGAAGAAGAGAGCUUCAUCCUGAAGUCCUGCACCAGGAGGAAAACCGAAUCCAUAGAGAAGAGGUUCUGUUUUGAUGUUGAGGCUGUGGACCGGCCGGGCAUGAUCACCAUGCAGGCUCUGUCAGAGGAAGACCGCAGGCUGUGGAUGGAAGCUAUGGAUGGUAGAGAGCCGGUGUACAAUCUCAACAAAGACAACCAAGCAGAAGGCAUGGCCCAGCUGGAUGUGACCGGAUUCAACGUGAUGAAAAAAUUUAUUUAUGCUGUGGAGACUCGAGGUAUUGACGAGCAGGGCUUGUAUAGAAUUGUUGGCGUGAGCUCCAAAGUACAAAAACUACUGAGCCUAGCUAUGGACCCUAAAACGUGUGCCGACGUGGAGCUGGAUAACCCGGAGUGGGAGAUUAAAACGAUAACGAGCGCCAUCAAGCAUUAUCUCAGAGAUGGACAACCCAGAGGCCCGUGUGACAGAAAUCCACGCUCUUGUGCACAGGCUACCUGAGAAGAACCGGCAGAUGCUGGAGCUGCUGAUGAAACACCUGGCCAAUGUGGCCAGUCACCACCAGUUUAACCUGAUGACCAUCGCCAAUCUGGGAGUGGUCUUUGGGCCAACGCUGCUCCGCCCACAGGAAGAGACAGUUGCAGCCAUCAUGGAAUUAAAGUUCCAGAACAUUGUGGUGGAAAUUCUUAUCGAGCACCAUGAGAAGAUUUUCAGGGACGUUCCUAAUUCUUCAGGCAGUUCGACCAACAUGCAGCUCAACCUGUCCAGGAGGAGAAGCACCCAAAACAAAGCACCUUCCUGUAGCGAGAGGCCUCUCACACUCUUCCACACACCUACACAUUCCCAGAAAGGGGAAAAGAGGAACAGUGUUGGCAACACCCCAGCUGCUGAUAUGCAGACCCCAGUUUCUGCUUCUUCUUCUACUAACUGCACCAGCAGCAGCAGCAGCAGCAGUAGCGGCGGCAGCUACAGCCGAACUCCGAGGCACAGCCUCAUCAGUAACGACGGGGAGCAGGAAGGCCGGCAAAUGCGACCCAGCUCACUACUGAAUCCAAAGAGUCAUGGCAGCAUGUCAACCAGUGCCACAGCUCCGAGUCCCACCUCACCACGUUCCCCCUCCUGGCCGAUGUUCUCGGCGCCUUCAAGUCCACAGCCGAUAUCUUCAGCCUCCAGUGACUCUUCCCCCGUCGGGUCGGUGAUCACAGGCAGGAAGGCUCGAGCGCUGUAUGCCUGCAAGGCUGAGCACGACUCCGAGCUGUCCUUCAUCGCUGGGACCGUCUUUGAGAACAUUCACACUUCAAAGGAACCCGGCUGGUUAGAAGGGACUCUGGAUGGCCGAACAGGACUGAUACCUGAAAACUACGUGGAGCUUCUAUAGUCCGUUCCUGGCAAGGAAACCAAAGUGGACCAAGCUGGACUUGAUACAACCAGAUUAAACUGCACAAAACUUCAUUCAUUCUGUGCGGUGGACUAGAAACCACUGGAGUGGGACAAGAAUGAAUAUAUCCAAGGAACAAAACUUAUUGAGCUGGGGAAGAACCCCUGAAUUGCACUGGUAUUUUUGACAAGACUUUAGUGAACAGCCUUUGAAGUCAUUGUGACGUGUGUGUGUGUGUGUGUGUGUGUGUGUGUGUGUGUGUGUUAGAUAAGAUUGCAAUCUUUUAGAUAAAACUUAAAAUUUUUCCUUUAGUCUGCUUUGGUAUUUUCUCUUUUCAUUAGGUAGAUAAUGACAGGUUUUAUUGCAGCGUUAAUGACGGAGAACAUGAUAAAUAACAAAUGGCCUUCAGCCGUAAAAUUGCUGGUUCACCUCAUCGUUUUGCUAAUUCCCUUGGGAAAUUUGAGUUGUCGAAUCAGACUGAGGUAAUUGGGUUUGUGCCGAAGGACAGUAAACGUAUUUGUGAGUACUUGUUGUGGAGGGUGGGUAAUUCCUGGGGACAAAACUCAUCCUGGUUAAUGUUUCAGGGCUCCAGGAGCCUCAGGGCGGAUCAGCAGAUGACGAGAUCGCCUCAAACAGUUAACGUAAGGAUGUGUGUGUGUGUGUGUGUGUGUGUGUGUGUGCGUGCGUGCGUGCGUGCGUGCGUGCGUGCGUGCGUGCGUGCGUGCGUACGUGCGUGCGUGCGUGCGUGUGUGUGUGGCCUCGAUGUGAUUCCAAGAUAUUCCUUAAGUGGUGCUGCAGUGUGGGUGAAGCAAGUGAUUCCUGCUGGUUAAAACAAGUCCAUAGAUCCUCUCUAAGUGGAAUGGUGUGUCAUGUUUGCACUAUGCGAGUCCAUUCUUGGAAUUAUAUUCAAACAGGAAGUCGUAUAUAUUGGAAAUCAUAAAUCACCUGCUUCUUUCUGUUUAUGUGUUCUAAUGAUGCAGAUCCAGACAUGCUACAGAAGCUUUAAUCUCAGCAGCACAGAAAAAGCUAACAAAGUCUCUUUUAUCAGCAGCGUUUGGAAGAAAUAAACAUUUUUAGGAUUUUUCUCAUUUGUGUACAUAAAGCUAGUCUGCUUGAGGGUUGUGGCGAAUGCUCUCAUUUCCAGAGUGAAACUUGGUGAAUGUUUUAAUUGACUAAACAACAGGAUUUUUAAAGCUUUUUAACCAGUAAAACAAAUGGGAGCGUAGAAAAGCCUAAAUGUGAACUGAGACUACUUUAUUUGUGUAUAAACUUAUUUAUGACUGUUUUUAAAAGUCAAACUCCUGGACUUCUUUCAUUUUGAGGAGUUUUAUUGAUGUUGUAAAUGAACAACAUUUGAUGAGGUAUAAUUUUUUUCUUCGAGUAUGAAAUUAAAUUUUGUAUUUUUUAGCGUACUAACUUAAUUCUUUUAAUUGCAUCUGUGUUGCCAGAGUUUUUAUAUCCUUUAUGUUCAUCCACAGCCUUAAUUUUUCUCGCUGAUGUUUUGGUGAAGGACUGUGCUGAAAUAAAGACAAAUGUAGAACA